AUGGAUGUAAAAAUGGAUAACGUUAACUUUGGCUCUACUAGCUCUAUUUUCGAUAACGUAAAUCUUCAUGCCAAACCAAUGGACUCCUCCACUAACGGAAUGGACACUAGACGAGAACACAAUCGCGACAGGCAACCAACAACAGUCAACGUUUCCUGGAAAUCAAACCAGGGAAGGAUUAUAAGCCCUGCAUUUGUAUGGAAAUGUGAUUCCGAAAAUAGAGCAUUGGGAGUUCGGGAGCUGCUCGGAGAUGAAUGCCUGGACCUCUUUAUGCCAGUGGAGACCAGAUCUCCAAAUCAAGUCUCGAACAAUAUCAGCAUACAAAAGAGAAAUAAAGGAACCAUGCAAACAUUGCAAAGCUAUUCAGAAUUGGUUGAUGCAUUAAAGAAUGAUCGUGAGUUUCAUGAAUUCCAUAAAUCUACAGAUGAGUGGCUAAUUGAUCAAGAAAAUAAAGAAUACUUCAAGAAAACAUAUGAUAUCACCAAUAUUCACCCACUGUUUGUAGACCAAUAUGGAAUGACUGUUCUGUUUUUAGAUGAUCGUGGUAUUUUAUUUGCAUGGUGCGAAAUGACAAAAGACACUGGAUAUCUUAAGAAUUAAUAACAUGGAGGGUCUCGCGAACUACCUCUACCACCCAGAAAAGGUGCGUGCCAUUAUGGAGGACACCGGUGUAGAGUGGAACUUAAACGUCGCGUAAAGGAAAAGAGGGCAAAGGAGAAGUUGGAAAAGGAAAAGUUGGCGGAGAAAAAUAGGGAAAAAAGGUUGGUAAAGAAAAAAAGGUUGGCAGAGAAAAA